AUGACUCUCAUUCCGGACGAGGUCCCUGCGACUCCGACCGCGACUCCGAUUCAGCGCCGAGCUCCCAUCCGACUACAUACACCUCAGACGCCGCGUGCAGUCCUUUUUGGCACCCCCGCCAUGCGCAACAGACCAAUGGCCUUUGCUAGAAGGGUUGUUCAGGACUCGAACGACAUAGAAGAGGAUGAAGAGGAGGAUGUCGAGAGUCGGGAGGCUCCGUUGAAGAAGGAUCUUGCGGCCGAACGAGUUGCAAUCAGAGCUGAGUGGGCUAAGCUGGAGGCAGCUCAGAGGCAGUUGAAGAUAAAAGAGCUUGAAGUGGCUCUUGAAUUUGCAAAGCUUGAAAACGCCAAGGCUGAAGUUGAAGGUGACCGUCUGAAGGUGGUGGAAAUGGCCAGGAGACUCGGCCGCAAGCUUGACGCCCUCCCGGACGGAGAGCAGGAGUGA